UGUUUUUCUUCCCUCGCUACGAGGCUGCAAGCCUAAAAAGGAAGGGAGAGAGACUUGAAAAGCAUUUCUACUCUUUCAUGGUCGCUCUCUUUACCAUUUCCGGUCUCUCUCUCUCUUUCCAUCCCUCUACCUGUCGACUUUUUCUCAGUUGAAUACAUUAUCUCCUGUCUUAGUUAUCACUCCCCAUAAUCCCACAUAAACAGUUCAGUCUCUUUCUUCCUCUGUCGCUGCUUCUAGCCACAAAGAGAGUUCAUUCUCUCUAUACACUUUUUAGUAGAACCGUGUGUCAUAGAGUUAAUGGCUGGGAAGUCCAAACCAGGCAUCUUCUGGUUUAUCUUUUGCCCCAUGUCUAUAACUAUUUCCACACUCGUUUAGUUUACCAAUUUUCUUGCUUAACUGUACUGUUCAACUGGCAAUUUUUUUCCAAAUUAUCCCCAAUUGGACAGCUUGGAAGUCACCAAAGACAAGAUUUUUGCCUCUUCAGUGCUUGGUUCGUGGGUUUUCCCGAGUUCAGAAGUGUGAGACUAGAAAUCUGUAUAGAGGGCUGGUUGGCUGGCAAGCUGAAGGAACCUGGGCUUUGUGUGAUGGAAUCUUCGUCAUCAUCAGGAUCAACAAAGAGGGCUCGAGCAGCUGGGAAUGGAGGCCAGGUCCCUUUAUGCUUGGUUGAUGGGUGUAAUUCUGACCUUAGUAAAUGCAGGGAUUACCACCGACGUCAUAAAGUAUGCGAAAUCCACUCUAAGACCUCAAAAGUUACAAUCAGGGGUCUGGAACAACGAUUCUGCCAGCAGUGCAGCAGGUUCCAUUCCCUUGGGGAGUUUGAUGAGGGAAAGCGAAGCUGCAGGAAACGUCUAGAUGGACACAACCGACGACGUAGGAAGCCUCAACCGGAAUCUCUGUCCCUAAAUUCGGGAAGGCUCCCCUCCAGCUACCAAGGCACCAGAAUCUUAACUUUCAGUAGUCCACAACUAUUUCCGCAAGGUCCUGUAGCGAGCUCUGCCUGGUUUGGGGCUGUCAAAGUGGAGAGUGAUACUGCUAUGCUUUACAACAACCAUUCGCAAUUGAACUUCUUUGAUAGAAAAAACAUUACUCCUGAUUCUUUAUUUCACAAUUACAAAGAAGGAAAGCAGUUCCCAUUUUCACAAGGCACUAGUUCCUCCCUCCUUCCUGGAGCUGCUGUUUGCCAACUGCCUCCGGAUGCUAAUUUUGCAUCCAACAAUGCUAGUAGCAGCCAGAAAGAGUUCUCAAAUGAAUUAAACCGAGUCAUCAACUCUGACUGUGCUCUCUCUCUUCUGUCAUCAACACGAGCUGAGACUCGGCAGGUUGGUUUGAGCCAAAUGAUGCUGCAGUUCAACCCGAGCCCUUCGGCUCAGUCGUCCUUGGUCCCCAGCCUGCAAUAUAAUGGUUUAGGAAUGGAGAGCAAGACAAUGUCUUCUGCUUUGGUUAAUGACUGUAGCAGUAAUGCCAACCUCCAUUGCGAGGGUAUGUUUUCGAUUGGGCCUGAUGGUUCAUCUGCAAGCGGGCCUCACCAAACGCAUUCCUUCUUGUGGGAGUAGUUAUAUACAUAUAUACGCCAUGUCUACCUCUCUCCUUUGUAAUCUCUUAAAAGCAGGGAGCUUUUAUCAGAUGAAACUAACUCGAGAUUACGAAUGUGUUACUGAAUGUAAAAUCUUUCUAUCUACUAUUGAAGAAUUCACGUUCCUUGAGGAAAAUGGAGGUCAUGUCUUUAUAUAAUGCUGUGUAUAUCUAUCUAUCUUCUUUGCUUGCAAAGAACAAUAGCCACCUAAAAAGUUGGUUUGGAUC